GAAAAAAGUUGAGCUUGUUUCUUGAGGCAGAAGCGCGAAUGUCAGCCAACAUGGGGACGUUCGUUCUGAUGUCCCUGUUGUUUCUGGCUGUUUCUCCCGCUGUCGAGGGACAGAGCGCGAUGUCCGCCGCGGUGGCGACUAAUACACUAAAGGCGGCUCUACCUACGCCCAACAAGGCUGUCGACAUCAUCUUUGCUCUAGACCGCUCUGGGAGUGUUGGUUCAUCUAACUACAACAAAAUCAUCGAUUUUGUGAAGGCCGUCCUGAGCCACUUCAGUGUUUCACCGACUACAACUCGCGUAGCCGUUGUGUCUUUUGGAACGGACGCUAAAGUCGAGUUUGAUCUUCUUCGAUGGACAUCAAACAACAACAACAAGUGCGAAUUACUUCGCACCUACAUACCAAAACUCAAGUACACGGGAGGUGGGACCAACACAAUUGGAGCUCUCAAUCUCGCCUUAGCAUUGCUGAAGAAACCUGGGGUCCGAUCGACUUCAACGAAGGUGGUGUUUACGAUAACAGACGGCAAGUGGAACGUAGGCGGAGAUCCCUCCUCGGUAGUACGGACAUUGCAGGCCAGGGGUGUGUACAUGUACGCCUUCGGUGUAGGUGCCUGGGGCAUCAGCAGUUCCAGACUUAGAGGUCUGGGCAACAAGGACAGCCAUGGCCACAAGUACGUCUACUUGUGCCUGGAUUUCAACGUUCUGUCACAAGUGGCCAAGAGACUGAGAGGAGACCAUCACAAAACCGAUUACUUGCCAUCCUACACAACACGCUGUUAUCCCCGCUGUAACCAUGCGACGCGCUCCUGCCAGUGCGAUGUCUACGGUGGAAACUACGCUUGUGUGUGCCAGAAGGGGUACGAUUGCGGCAAUAGACGCGAUACAAAAUGCCCCUUGAACAGCUACAAGGACACCAUCGGGACCGGUCCGUGCAUUUCCUGUCCUACAAAUUCCUUGAUUUCAAGAACAGGCGCCACCAGCAAAACUGAGUGCAAGUGUAAAGCCGGCUAUCAGCAGGUUGGCUCACCCAUCCAAAGGUGUAAACGAAUCACAUGUUCCAGACCAUCUUACGAUACCACCGCCGUGCGAGCCGUAUCCUGUGUAAUAUGGACAAACUAUGGCGACAGAUGCAGCUUGGAUUGUCAGUCAGGUUACGUGUUUGUCGCAGGGGAAAAAGUGUUGACCUGUGGUGGCUCUGGCACAUGGAAUGGAACACCAUUGUCCUGCAAAAAGGUCACGUGUCCGAUCUUGACCGCACCACAAGAUGGGAGCAUCGGCCCCUGUGGUAACAGAUAUGGCGACACGUGCACAUUCCAAUGCGACUACAGCUUCAAACUGUCAGGAUCAGCUACAACCACCUGUACAGCGGCGGGGUCGUGGUCUCAUCCAACUCCAAGAUGCAGCAAGCUUUCAUGCCAGAACAGUGAGAUUGCAGACCCAUCACCCAACGGAGUCCGAGUCUGCCCUGGGUCGCACACUGAAGUCGGUCAUUCCUGCUCAGUGACCUGUAACACCGGCUACCAGCCGAGAGGACAACAGGUCUCCACAUGCAGGGCAGUCAACGGAGUCGCAGGAUGGGACCGUCGUCCACAGGCGUGUCAAGUUGACAGGUGCACCCCACUGACUGAUCCAUCAGACGGAACAGUGUCCCCAGUGCUGUGCAAAACGUCACCGGAGUACAACACACAAUGUACUUACGGCUGCAACAAACAGUACACCUUACAUGGACCAACAUCCAAGACAUGUGAACCUGGUGGGGUGUGGUCAUCAACUGAUGUGAACACCUGCAGAGACGAGAAGGAUCCAAUAUUUCCAAAUUGUCCUAGUGACAUCACAGCUGUUGCCCCGUCCCAGAAGACCGACGCAGAAGUUUCCUGGCUCGUCCCGGUGGCAACCGACAACUCUGGAUCAACUCCAACGGUAGAUGUGGACAUAACGACCUCUUUGGGGCCGGUAAACUUUCUACAGCGGACUCCACCAAUCUGGUUUCCAGAAGGCCAGUACACAGUCACAUACACCGCAACUGAUCAGGGAGGAAACAGAGCAACUUGCGACUUCUCCAUACAUGUCCAAGGUACCAGUGAAAGAGAAUAA